AUGACUGGAGCGGAAUCUGGUGAGAAUUUUCAGUGCACAAAAUGCGAAAAGUCCCUGGUGGGCCAGCGAUACAUCCUGAAUUCGGAGAAACCCUACUGCAUCGACUGCUACGACGCCAACUUCACCAACACAUGUGCCGCCUGUGGCGAGAGGAUAACCUCCGCUUCAAAGGACCUCUCCUUCCAAGACCGCCACUGGCACGAAGCCUGUUUCGUGUGCAUGGAGUGCAAGACCUCGCUGGCCGACCGACCCUUCGCGACGAAGGAAGAGGCAAUAUUCUGCCCUGAUUGUUUUGACGAGAAGUUCGCUGCGCGUUGCGACGGCUGCGGGAAGACCUUCAAGGCGGCAAUGAGGAAGUACGAGUACAAGGGGGGCGCAUGGCACGAGGAGUGCUUCCUCUGCGCCGAGUGUCACCAACCUAUCGGUGCGAAGAGUUUCAUCCCCCGCGGCAAUGACAUCAUCUGCGUGCAGUGCUAUGAGGACAAGUUCGCGCAAAAGUGUGCCAAGUGCGAGGCGGUCAUAAAUAAGGGUGGUAUCACGUAUAAGGGACAGCCGUGGCACAAAGAAUGCUUCCUCUGUGCCAAUUGCGGUAACCAACUUGCGGGUCAGAAAUUCACGUCCAAGGAUGACAAAAUUUACUGCGCUAACUGCUACUCUGAGCUCUUUGCAAAGCGGUGCUCUGCGUGCUCAAAGCCCAUUUCUGGUACGUGA